UAGUGCAGAAGGUGACGCUCCUCCAAAGGAACAGAGAGAGGCUGAGAGAGGGAAAGGCAAAGAGAGAGGUGUCUACAGGCUGCAUCUCCAUUGAAACAUUUUGGAAAAAAAAAGAGGGGAGACAGGAGGAAGAGCGUGAAUGGUAGCUACACCCUGCGCCUGGAAGCGUAGAGACACUGUAACAAAGGCUGGCAAUUAUUUUUGGCAAUAACAAAGAGGUGGGAGAAGGGGGCUCUGAAAUCGAGGGAAAUAGCAAAGGAAAAAAGAAAAAAAGAAAAAAAAAAGAAAAGAAAAAAAAAAGUGCCAGAUUUCAGGGGGACUUCUGCUUCAUUUCAUCCGAAAAGACUCAUCCCUUGCCAUCAUCAGCAUGACCAUAAGCUAUAAGUAACAUUCGGCAAUAACGGUGUCAAAACGAGAUUUUCAGCAACAGACGCGCGCUAUCCUAUUCUGAUUUAUUAUAAUCGGGGGGAAAAAGAUCAACUGAAUGCCUGCGAGAAACUGGAUUACUCUCUGAAUUCAUAAGAAAAGAGCGAUCUAACAAAGAAAACUACAUUUUGAUUGAUCUUUAAAGCUUGAUGUGCGUGUUUCCUCGCGCACUCGAAACGAACCUGAACCAAACUCCUCAGACUCCUCCCUCCUCCUCCCUUCGGUUUCUCUCAUCCUCUCCCUCCCCCCCCGGUCCUCUAUGCUCAGUUCGGUGUGUGUAUCCUCUUUUAAAGGGCGCAAGGGUGGGAACAAGUCGUCCAACAAAGCAUGUUACAGCGCAGACAUGACUUGUCCGUCGGAAAGCGAGAAAAUCGUGAUAAACUGCGGGGGGGUGCGGCAUGAGACUUACCGGAGCACCCUAAAAACGUUGCCCGGUACCCGCUUAUCGUGGCUUACCGAGCCGGACGCGUUCAGCAACUUCGACUACGACCCCAAAUUAGACGAGUUCUUCUUCGACCGACACCCGUCAGUGUUUUCCUUCAUCCUCAACUAUUACCGCACUGGGAAGUUACACUGUCCCAACGAUGUGUGCGGUCCCCUGUUCGAAGAGGAGCUGGCCUUCUGGGGCAUCGAUGAGACGGACGUGGAGGCGUGUUGCUGGAUGAAUUACCGGCAGCACAGGGAUGCGGAGGAGGCGCUGGACAGCUUCGAGACUCCCGAACCGGACGCGCCGGACGACGACCCAGCUCUGGGGGGUGCGGAUGGGGACUUGAAAAGAUUGUGCAUGCAGGAGGACGCGAGGAAAGCGGGCUGGUGGAAAACCUGGCAACCCAAAAUAUGGGCACUGUUUGAAGACCCUUACUCCUCCAAAUAUGCCCGGUACGUGGCGUUCGGUUCCCUAUUCUUCAUCCUCAUCUCCAUCUCCACUUUUUGCAUGGAGACGCAUGAGGCCUUCAACACCAUUGUCAACAGGACGGAGAACAUCACGGUGGGCAACAUGACCCGUGAGGAGAUUGUAUAUGAGGUGGUGACCGACAGUUGGCUCACAUACGUAGAGGGCGUCUGCGUCAUUUGGUUCACCAUCGAAGUCUUGCUGCGAGUCACCUUCUGCCCUGACAAAUUGGAGUUCUUCAAAAGCACCCUCAACAUCAUUGACUUUGUCGCCAUCCUUCCCUUCUAUUUGGAGGUGGGCCUGAGUGGUCUGUCCUCCAAAGCUGCCAAGGAUGUCCUGGGGUUCCUGCGUGUGGUCCGAUUUGUCCGUAUCCUCCGAAUCUUCAAGCUUACCCGCCACUUUGUGGGUCUCCGAGUCCUUGGCCACACCCUUCGUGCCAGCACCAAUGAAUUCCUCUUACUCAUCAUCUUCUUAGCUCUUGGUGUCCUCAUCUUUGCCACUAUGAUCUACUAUGCCGAACGAAUUGGCGCCGACCCAGACGACCCGACAGCCAGCGCCCACACCAACUUCAAGAACAUCCCUAUUGGAUUUUGGUGGGCCGUCGUGACCAUGACCACACUGGGCUAUGGAGACAUGUACCCAGAGACGUGGUCAGGGAUGCUGGUGGGGGCGCUGUGUGCCUUGGCUGGUGUGCUGACCAUUGCUAUGCCUGUUCCUGUAAUUGUCAACAACUUCGGCAUGUACUACUCUCUGGCCAUGGCCAAACAAAAGCUGCCCAAAAAGAAGAACAAACAUAUCCCCCGAGCACCACAACCAGGGUCCCCCAACUACUGCAAGCCAGAUGCGCUGGCAAUGGCUACUGCAUCACCACAAAGAAUCUUGGGAAAUGUCCUAGGUGGUGUGAUGGGGUCUGGAGGCAUAGGGGGUGACUGUCCUCUAGCCCAAGAAGAAAUUAUAGAGAUCAACAGAGAUUCCAAGCAGAACGGUGAUGCAGCCUCGGCCGCUCUGGCCAAUGAGGACUGCCCCACCAUCGACCAGGUGCUCAGUCCAGACGAGAGGAGCCCUAUUGGGCGAGGGCCUACCCGGGAACGCUAUCAGCAGGACCGUGCCUGCUUCCUGCUCAACACCAGGGAAUUCCGUGCCACAGAUGGGAAUGUGCGGAAAGAGGCAGCAGCCCUGGCACCCAGCCCAGACUCCCCUCUGACUGAGGAUUGGUAUAAGAUGGAAGGGUCUCUGUUACAGCAGGACCUCAAUGCAAACUCCACCUCCUCCUGGAUCAAACCAUAGACCAGAGGCCGCCACUGCAGUGCAAGUGUAACUAAAGUCUGACUGUAGUGUUAAGUUUCUAGCAUUCGCCUUCUCUCUAAUGAGGAGUCAGUAACCAGUAAACACAAAUUUGCGGCGGGAGCCACGUAGGCGACAGGUGUGACACGGAUGGACAGUUUAAAGGAGAUCUUUGGGGUGACAAGAGAGAGACCAGAGGUUAAUCAUGAAAUAAAAAAUCAUAUGGUCUGCUCCUCACGUUGUUACCAAAGCAGCCUCUCGGAACUCCGACCACACUUUUGACAACUGCCUGACUGACCUUUUUUAUUUUUUUCCUCUCGCCUUUUUUUUUCCCUGCAAACUAACUGAGCAUUGUACUACUGACACACUUUGGGAGAGAAAAGGACUCCUGUUUACACAUUCCAGAUGACACCACUAACAACAUUAUACUCGCCAUCUUGUAUAAUGACCAACUCAGUACCAUCGGCGGUGCUGAACAACUGAGCAACAUAAGAAAUUCUGAAAAAAAAAAACAAAAAAAAAACACGUCUUCACAAAGGACUGAUCGAACAAUGUAGCAUCUCUGCUAACAUAUUGUAGCAUUUGUUGGCUGGGAAAUAACUUGACUUAAUCCAUCAACGUUUCGAGGAGAGAGGAAUUUAUGCAUUCAAGGGAUCUUUUCGAUGUCAUUUUCCUCUUAGGUUCCUUUUAAGUGAAGAAAAAAAUAUGAGGUACAUGAGAGACAAAGUAUUGGUCUGACUCAUUAAAACACUGAACAUUCCAAAAGAAAACACAAAACGAGACAAAAAAGAUGCACUAAAUUCAAAGACACAUUUGUCCUAUAGGAUUUCUCCUUCAAGUUAAGCACUAAUGUAUAGUAGUAACGUUUGCCAUUGAACAUAUGUCUUCCAUUCACCUCUAUCAGUCUGAAACACUGCCCUCCAAGUAGAUACGAAGAUAAUCAGAAGCUAAUUCAAGCUGAAAAAAUGAAGCACAUGUAGCAUCCACACAACAGGUUACUGUACAGAACAUUUAGACUCACCUAUAUAAUUCACCAAAGCUAAAUGGUGGGAAAAGACAUCUUUAUCUCUCAUGUACUGGGAUUUCCCUAAAAUCCAUGUGGGAUACCAAAGGUCCUGUAGCAUGCACUUGCUGAAUGACCUUCUGUAAUGUAUUAUAGUUAAGGAGAAAUAUUCCACUUAAGGGGGAGUUUGGUACUUUCCCUUGCCCUUACUACUGUCUCUGUUUGGUAAAAAUCAUUCCUCUAAAAGAACUUAAUAUUAACUGCCACUAACAUCUGUUUUUCAUAUGCACAUUAAAAUAUUAAUGGUAUCUUUUCCCUUGUUUGACUAACGUGAAGCUAAGUCACAAGGACUGACUACAGGAGACAAAACUGGACGCCAUUUCCAGUCCUGUCAAUAACAGGGGAUAGUGGCCUAUAAAUUACAAACAAAAGGACAAACCUACCACAAGGAGACUUUUCACAUCGCAUAAAACUGUCCAUUAGCUGGAAAUGAUGUGUUAUCAUUUUGAAAGGGACCAAUGAUACAAAAUGUUUCCCCAAACACAAAGGCUGACACUGCCAAUUAGGCACAAGAAUUCCCAGAUGAAUACUGCCCCAUCUCUCUCUUGUCCCUCUUGCUGCCAACAACUUCUGCUCCACUGGCAAGUUGGUGUCAAGAAAAUGACGGCCCGUCAGGGGAGGCCUUAGGCGAAGGGGAAAAUGAGAAGAAACGGACCAAGAGAAGAGCGAGCGCGGAAGUGUACAAAGCGAACAAAUCUAUAUUUUGAUAAACAAAUCAACUAUCCAUGGCUUUGGAGGAAGUUUCUGAUCAAAAAAAAAAAAGAGGCCCAGAAUGGAAGAAAGAAAAAAAAUACGAUGCAAAUGUGAAUUGCAAAUUUGGCAACAAGAAACGGAGUCAAAAUCCGGGUAAAAGAAGUGAAUAUUUUGUCAUGAUGGGUGGGCGAAGAUGAGUAGUUUUCCCCACGCGCACAGGAAAACUAUAUUUUGAAAGACAAUGAGCAACGAGAGACUCUUGCCUAAAGACGUGUGGAUGAAAAGGAUGGACGCUGAGAUAAACAAAUGGAGAAAAAAAAAAGAUAAUGCAUUUUUGUAACUUUGUUUACCAGCAUGACUACUUUGCAUGACUGUCUUUUCUGCAAGCCCUUAGUUGAAGACAAGGGUGCUAGAGAUACAAAAAAGUAUAUAUAAAAUGAAUUAAAAAAUGUUAUAUGCAAUUAAUGUUUUAAAAAAGAUUAUAAUGAAAGAGAAGAGCUAUAUUUUGUUUUGAAAAGUAAAAAAAUGUGAAUAUUGAAAUAUGUAUGUUUGCGAAGUACACCCUGAACUAUGUUUUGUUUGAUGAAAUCUCUCUGCUACUACUGCCCCACAUGUCCCAUUCCUGUUUUCAACCACUGCCAUAGUUUUACUUUGGAACGAAUUGAGCAGUAGUUUUGCUAAUCAUUCAACAGCGAUCUUUGCCAGACUUUGCCAAACAGUUGCAUUUGUGCAAAGUAUAAUUGUCGUUAAUCACCAAGUCCAUGUUUCCUCUUUGAAUCAUUUGCACAACUAUCGUAGCAGCAGCAGCAGCAAAAGCAGCAGUUCUAAAACAAAAAGCUCUCCAUCACACAACACGCUUGAUCGAAACUCAUAGUUUGCUUUUUUUCUUUGGCAAUAAUACAAGAGUUAUCACAUGAUUGUAGCAGGGCAAACGGAGAACCUCGAGAUCUCAUAUCUUCAAUGCCUCAGUGUUACGAGAUCUGUACAGGUUUUGAAUGUCCCAUGGCAGGAUUUUGUUGGGAUAGGCAGUUCUGUUCCACUAGUCCUAUAAGGAAGGAAAAAAAUGGGAGUAAAAGUCCAGGCUGUCCAAAAAAAAAGACCAAUAGCACAUUAUGGGCGAUAUUAUAUUCAUGAGAGAUUUGCAUGGAACUGCCAUUCCAAAGUCUGUGUGAGGUAUAAAGGACUCAGGUGUGUUGACGAUGUGUGUGGAUGUAGGUGUUUUGCUAUUUUAUUUCUAACAUAAUAAAUUCUAGUAUAUAGACAACGAUAAUGUGAACACCUCACAGUGAUGUGUAAAAACCGCAUGCAUUAAUGACUUGAUAAUCUCUCGAGGGGGGAACAGAGUCUUGACAUAUCCCCUUAGCCUCCUAUCAUUGUUUGUCAUGAAUCCAGUCCUGAUAACUAUAAACACUGUGCCGUGUUGUAGAGCAGCAACGUCUUCCUCUGAGAGGCAACUGGAAACUACUCACACUCGCAGUGUCAGCAUGAGUGUGUAGAGGUAGCUCGUCUUUUUGUUUUGUUUUUUUGUUUCUUUUUUAGAUGGUCAGGUCUUGCAUAGGUCAUUUCCCAUGGAUUUAACGUCAUCCAGCUGGCUAUUCGGCAGCUCGUAACAGCACACAAACAGUCAUAAAAGCACCGAUCAAAGAGACCCAGAGCUUCCAAAAUGAUGUCAGUUCAGUAUUUAAGGUGUUAGAAGAAAGAGAGGAUGAGAGAUACCAGUGUCCACCGAGGGGAGGGAAGGAAAAAAGAGAGAAAAACUAGCUAAAAAAUCUCAUCUUAGCGCCUCAUCCAUAGUUUGGGAUCCCAUGUGAGUUUCAGGCCCUGCUGGUCCAGGGCUCAGCUCAGGCAGCUGAAUGGUCCUCUGUCCAUUCCCACUACAUCACAGUUGGAGGCUCACAUGUAUUUGAGACUCAAUGGAGUGACGUAGACUACAGAGACUAUCCAAGAAGUGAGUCUACACUGGUGUUACAGGGUCUAGAACUUUUUGUCAAUUUGCAAAAAUGGUCUGUGGGAUUUUGUUUUGGUCCCGUAUCUUUUUAAAAGUCAGAUUUCAGUUCCCGUUUUGGAAGGCAUUAAGCAGCUAUGGUUUGGACGGCCACAAAGAUAUUCAUGAAUAUUUCAGAGGUAAACUUCUAGCUAUGGUGUGCAAACUUGAAAACAAUCUGUGCUCUGCACCCAGCUGUUUGUGUUUUUAUGGCCAGGUACUGUCUUUUUUUUUUUUUUUCUUUUUCCUUCAUCAUUGUCAUUCUUUUCAUUGUGACUGCUCUGCCAAUGCCAGGCUGAAAAAGAUGUCUUUCCUUUUCUAUUGCAUAAUACUGCCAUGUGAUUUAGUCAUGUUGACCAGAAUCAGUUACAAUGUUGACAGUGCUAAAUCUGUUUUAUUUUGUAAGGUUUGCAAUCUGUUAUGAUGUUAAGGAUUUCCUGUGUAACACUCACAUAACCAAACGAACAAAAUGCUUUACAUGCUACAUAGGUGUCAUUGUUAAACUUCAACAUAUGAUGCCAUGUCCUCUCCAGGCAUCUAGAAGUUGUGACAUGGCCUCAGUCAUAGUCAAUGUAUUUUAUUUCUGUGGCUGUUUCUGUUGGGUAUGUUUUGUUUUUUUUUUUCUUUCAUUUUUGUAAAUGAAGACACUGUAUGCAAUCUGCACCACGAAUGCCACUGAUCGACACUUACUGUAUUCUCCCUGAGACACAGAUCUUCUGUCAUCAGUUCAGAUGAUUGCAACCACAUGUGUAGUGGCUUUAUGGCUUUCCAUAGAGUGACUUAGCAAUCACACUAAUCGAGAAAAUAUUUUAUUU